AUGAAUUAUUGCACUUCUUGCAAGAAUGAUUUGCCUGCAGAAGCCUUUAUUUAUAAAGGCAAAAAUUAUAAAACUUGUUCCAAUUGCUUAGACAUGAGGUCAAGAAAGAGAAAUUUAAAAAAACGACCUUUAUCUAAUGAUAAUAAUCAUGAAAAUGAAUUAGAUGUAAUUUACGAUGAUGUUUCUUUUACCAAAAUUAUUGAGUAUGUUACUAGCAAGUUUGCUAAUCUUGGGAAUAAUGACAUGCUACUUUUUAAUCUUCAUGUUGAACUUGACGAUAUUGUAUUAAACACCGCACAAUAUGAAGCAAAAAAUGUAGUAAGGUUAAUAGUGGAUGAGAUUGAGGGAUUUGACAGAUAUAAUUGGGUUUUUACAACUGGACCUGAAAUGUCAUUACGCCAUCAUGGAGUUGGUUUAUUUUAUCUUUUUUGCUCACAAUGUCAGGAACUUGAGCACGAACAUAAGGAAUCUAACCGGAAAAGAAUCAUACGUUUUGACUGCCAUAGUAAACUAAUAAUUCGUAUUGAUAUACCAGCAAGAGAGGUAAUGAUAAGGUUUCAUCAUGAUUUUCAGCAUAAGAAACCUAUUGAUGUAACAACGCCACCUGAA